GUAAACUUAUAACUCAUUUAACAAAAGCUGGGUAGACAAUAUUGUUCGCCCAGAUGACAGGAAAGGGGAUAGUUAUAUACAAAGUGGUAGAGACUCAUAUCUGAUAAUUGGAGACAUCUAACAUCAUCGAAAAAUGGGAUCGAGCACCUCAUCCCCUCAAGGUCGCCAAAGGAACCAACACUAUAUUCUUGUUGAUGAUCACUGUGGAAGUUUCGAUAAAGACGAAGAGGAUGCCGUUGCCACCACAAGCCAACCCACCAAGUCUGCAAAGGUUAUCCAAGACCACGAAGACGAUGUUCUCGCAAAUAUCGACGACGAGUUGAAAGACUUCGAUUUCCCCUUUGAAAAUCUUAUACUGGAAGGAGGCGGCGCACAGGGAAAUGCUUAUAUUGGUGCUAUUUGUGAGAUGGAGAGGCUGGGGUAUCUGAGCAAGCUUCGUCGUUUCGGUGGUGCUAGCAUCGGUGCAUUCACGGCUUGCUGCUUGGCAGUGGGACAUGGUUCCGAGAAAUUCCUUUCUAUACUCAAGGGGCCUCAGAUUAAUGAUCUCCUAGAUGCUUCACUUGGUGGUUGUAGCAUGGUACCGAAUUUCUUAAGACAUCUUGGCUGGCAUCCUGGCCGCGCUAUCUAUCAGUUCAUUGGAGAUGCCAUAGCAGAGAAACUAGACGACCCGGACGCAACAUUCAAGGAUCUGUAUGACAAGACGGGUCGAGAACUAUGUGUGGUGGUUACGAACCUGAGUACGAUGAUGGAAGAAUAUUGCCAUGUGAAAACGACCCCCAAUAUGCCACUGAGGGCGGCCAUUAGGAUGUCAACUUCCAUUCCAGGUGUUUUCUUUCCAGUCAAGCGACGUUACAUGGACAGAACGGACUUGUACAUUGACGGAGGUGUUCUCUGCAAUUAUCCUGUUCAUUGCUAUGAUGGAUGGUGGUUGUCAAUGAAGCCCGAAGAUUCUUUCUUGAGGAGAAUGCGCCCUCUGGAGGACGGAGCUAAACUACUCACCAAGAAGGAACGGUUUGGGAUGUUUAACGACAAGACCUUUGGAAUGAUCAUUUAUAGCGAUUAUGAUUCUCACGUGUUGGCGACGAACACGGACUUAGAAGCGCCGAUGGCCCCCAUACCUGACACCAAACUAGCAAGAGCGCAUGAAAAGAUGAAGAAGAAACGAGACAGGGACAUGGAGCAACACGCCAAGGUCACAGAAGCAAUGACACACUUCUUGAGCGUUCUCAAUGUGAACAAUCUGGAUGGCAACGCAACCAUAAGUCGCGAAGAGUUUAGCAGAGUCUUCAAAGACACUAAUGAGUUCACUGAUGAAGACAUUGAAACCCUCUUCGGCAAGGGUUUAACAUCUGAUAAAAUCUUCGAGUCUCUUGAUGUUAACAAAGAUGAGCAGAUUGACUUCCAUGAGCUGAUGGUAUUAGCUGAGAGGGAAGGAGUUGGUCUUCAAACACAACAUAUUGGAUCCGGCAGGCAAGACAUCUUCAAACCGGCCGACUUUAUCACUGGUAUCUUCACUAUGUUACUCCUGAAUGUCAAACGCGCUUUCCUAGAGGGUUGUGAUAUUGAACGAACAGUCCUGAUCAACACAGUCUACUUUAAAUCGUUCCACUUCAAUCCAGAACAAGAGGAUGUGGAUUUUCUGGUAGAGCAAGGGAGACGUGGAUUUCUGCAGUUUCUCAAGUACCAAGCUAACAAAAUGUCAUCGGAUAAUCAAACGUGUUCAUCGUAGAGGGCGACAUAUAUCAUUCACAUCUGAGUUUCAUGUGUUUUUUAAAUAAUGGUUUCAAUAUUCCACGG